CUAAUCGCACGCAGUCCAUGGCGGAGUUUUCUUUCUGCUCCCCGUCUGCUCCCCUCUUUGUUCUGUCAAUUCCCUCAGAGUUUGACAAAGUGUGAUGUCGUGACGAGGUGACGGAUGAUUGACAAGGCACCCGCUCGUCACGAUUAGACGAGCAACAGCGAUGACGUCUAAUUUCGACGGAGAUUAGGACGGAACGAACAUUCGAUACCCAUCAGCGCGUAUAUAUUCCACGUAUUAUAGGUUAAGUUAGAGUCGCAGUUUGCUGUCAGGUAUCCAGGACAGCUCCCUGCCGGCAGAUAGAUUCGUCCUGGUCGAACAUGUAUUCCACAAAGACACCGACUCUUCGGAUCGACGAGGCCGAUCUGAAGUGCAAAAACGGCUGCGGAUUCUAUGGCAAUGCGGAAUGGGAGGGUUAUUGCAGCAAGUGUCACCGCGAACACUUGCAGAAACGGCGCGCCCAAGCCGAGCGCGUGUCUCACGCCCAAAUUUCGGACACAGAUAACGCUAAUCGAUCGACAAGCGCGGGAAGUCACAAGUAUUACGAAGAGAAAAAGGUACAACAAGAAAAGAAGUAUAAGUUGUUAAACAUUUCGUUUAGGAAACCCGUUGCGAAAGUGCAAGGAUAUCAGGAACUGUACCACGAGCUCCUGAAGGACAAUACAGAUCUCGAGAAGGUUAAAGCGGAGAAUCGAGAUCUGCUGGUGUACAUAGCCAAGACUCUGGUGGAGAAGGACGUGAGAAAGUGCAUACACUCGUUUGUAGUGGACAUACUCCAGAACAAGGACAUCAAGAGGAUAGAGGAACUCUCGGAAAUCACGCAAAAUUUCUAUCACGUGUUUGGAAAGCGCCUGGAGAAUAGCACCAAAUAUGCAGACAUACCUACAGACAUCAAGGAGAAGCUGCUGGACUACGUGGAGAGGUAUGCGAUGACUUUGUUGUACAGGAUUCUCUUCUGUCCGCCGUUCACGACGGACGAGGAAAAGGACUUGGCUAUACAGAAAAGGAUACGACAGUUGAAUUGGGUCAGCGGCAAGAAUCUGGAAUGCAGGAUUCACGAGACGAGCUCGGAAGUUCGAGAACUCGUUUACACGUCCAUUACAGAUCUUCUGAACAUGGAUUCCGCGAAGGCUCCUCAAGAAAAAUUAGCAUGCGUCAUUCACUGUUGCAGGAAUAUAUUCCUAUUGUUGCAACAGUCUGUCGACGGACCGGCAUCCGCCGACGAGUUUCUGCCAGCGCUCAUAUUCAUCGUCCUGAAGGCCAAUCCUGCGCGCCUCAAGAGCAAUAUCAAUUUUAUUACGAGAUUCUGCAACGCCAGCAGAUUGAUGACUGGCGAGGGAGGAUAUUACUUCACGAAUCUAUGCUGCGCAGUGUCGUUUAUCGAAAACUUGACUGCGGAAUCCUUGAACAUGGCCGAGAAGGACUUCAACGCGUACAUGUCAGGAGAAUGCGUGCCAGCCAACACGUGGGAGUCGGCUCUCAUGAUAUGCGAGAGUUUGCACUUUAUGUGCGAAGAUAUAACUCUCUUGGACGGUCUACAAGCGAAGAAUGCCGAUAUCAUAAAGCAAACGGAGGAGCUGAAGAACAAAAUGAUGGAUUUCAAGGAGAAGAUCAAGGAGGACGUGAGCAAGGUAAUCGAGAGGACACCACUGCUAAUAUCUCACAGUCAGAGGGUGCCUACGAAUUUGGACAGCGAGGACGUCGAGAGCUAUCAGCUGCCGCCCCCGAUUAUUCCGCAGAUAUAUCCGCAUUCCAUCGGCGACAACCUGAACAACGGCGUGAUGACGGACCUAUCGAACGACCUGAUGAGAACGUCGUUGGUCGAGGACUCGGUAACGCCUUCGCCCACAUUCGACUUCCCAUCCUUCAUCGCCGACGACAGCCUGGAAGUCAGCAAGGCCGAGGACGAGACCAGCCUCAUCAGUCUCGACGCGCAGUCCGAUCUCGCGUCCGGCGAGACGCAGCUGUUCAAGAAACACAUGACCGACAGCCUGAUGGACGAGAGCCCGACGCCGGAGACGAAUUUACCGCCCGCCCUGAAGCCGAUCAGCUCCGAGGAUUACCACGGCUUCACGAUCCAAGGCUCGAACAUACCGACUAUACCGUGCAACACGGGCGACUCGUCCAUCACACCGGCGGACUUGGACUCGGAGAAUUAUUCCAAUUACUAUCAAAACAUGUAAUAUAUUGUAGAGAGAUGUAACGUAGGUAUUAUUUAUGCAAAGAAUGCUAAUAAACGAUUUUGAUUACGAUAA